GAAUGGCAUUUUCGCGCUACCUAACCUAAAACAUCAACUCAAACAACGAAAGAUCUGCUGUUGAUUUUGUUUCACAUAAAUUUCAUAAAUUUAAUCGAAGGCAACGUAGAAGCGUAACCAUGGACAUUUUGGAGUUUUCGGAUAUUAUGGCCGAAGUCAAGGGGAGCAUGACUUCUGGUCGCUUAAAACUCACCGACCAGAAUAUCAUCUUCAAAAAUUCGAAAACCGGAAAAGUCGAACAAAUUCUUGCUGACGACGUGGAAUUGGCUAACUAUCAGCGUUUCGUCGGCUUUUUCGGCAUUCGCCUGUUCAUGAAAAACGGAAACCUUCAUCGGUACACCGGUUUCAAAUCUGGUGACGAGGAGAAGAUUUCCAAAUUCUUCAAGACCACCUACAACAAGGACUGCUUGGAAAAGGAAUUGUCGUUGAAAGGAUGGAACUGGGGAACAGUUCAUUUCACUGGCUCCGUGCUGAGUUUCGAUUGUGAUAAGAAAACGAGCUUCGAAAUACCAUUACAACAUGUGUCGCAAUGCACCACUGGCAAAAAUGAGGUAACCAUUGAGUUCCAUCAGAACGACGACGCUCCGGUCAGCCUGAUGGAAAUGAGAAUGCACAUUCCUGCAUCCGAAUCUUCAGAAAUCGAACCGGUCGAUGCGUUCUACCAAAACGUAAUGAAACAGGCAUCGGUUAUAUCCGUGUCCGGCGAUGCCAUUGCUAUAUUUAGAGAAAUUCAAUGUCUGACACCGCGUGGUCGGUACGACAUCAAAAUCUUCCAAACAUUCUUUCAACUUCACGGCAAAACGUUCGACUACAAAAUUCCCAUGUCGACGGUGUUGCGUUUGUUUUUGUUGCCGCACAAAGACAAUCGGCAAAUGUUUUUCGUUUUGUCGCUGGAUCCGCCAAUAAAACAAGGUCAAACCCGCUACCAUUAUCUUGUGCUGCUGUUUUCGAUGGAAGAAGAAACCUCAAUCGAGCUACCAUUCACGGACACCGAACUCAAGGAGAAAUACGAAGAUAAACUCACGAAAGAUCUGUCUGGACCAGUCUAUGAAGUGCUGGGCAAGGUGAUGAAAGUUCUCAUAAAUCGUAAGCUUACUGGGCCUGGAAGCUUUGUAGGUCACACUGGUACACCUGCCAUAGGAUGUUCGUUCAAAGCUGCAGCUGGUCUGCUAUAUCCCUUGGAGAGAGGCUUCAUGUACGUUCACAAACCACCGAUUCACAUACGCUUUGAGGAAAUUGCUUCCGUCAAUUUUGCCCGAAGUGGUGGAUCGACACGUAGUUUCGAUUUCGAAAUCGAACUCAAAUCGAACACCGUGCACACAUUCAGCAGCAUCGAAAAGGAAGAAUACUCCAAACUGUUCGACUUCAUCAAUGCAAAGAAGAUUCAUGUGAAAAAUACCGGCAAAAAUGAUAAAUCCAGCUACAAAGACGAUUUCGGUGAUUCGGACAAUGAAAAUGAACCGGACGCAUAUUUGGCUCGAGUCAAAGCCGAGGCUAAGGAACGUGAUUCCGAUGAUGACGGUGGAGAUUCAGACGAAUCGACCGAUGAAGAUUUCAACCCUGGCGAACAGAAUGAUGACGACGUGGCGGAAGAAUUCGACAGUAACGUUUCCACAUCAGACUCGGAUGAAGAAGGUGGAUCGGAUAACAAAGCUAGUGAAAAGAAGAAGGAGAAGAAAAAGGAACGGAAGGAGAAGAAGAGAGACAAGAAGGAACCGUCGGAAUCGAAAUCGAAAAAGUCGAAAUCCAAACGAGUCGAAGGUCAGCCAAAACGAGCACAGACGGCGUUCCUGAUAUUUAUCAACGAGAAACGCGAACAAAUCAAAAAUGAAAAUCCCGGAAUCAAAGUGACAGAAAUUUCCAAGAAAGGAGGUGAAAUGUGGCGAGAACUCAAAGACAAAUCGGAAUGGGAGCAGAAAGCGAAUAAAGACAAGGAACGGUAUGCUGAUGAGAUGAAAAAGUUCAAAGGAUCAUCGACAUCCGGUGGUGAAAAGUCGAGUCCAGCGAAACGGAAACAUGAAAGUCCUGGCACUAACAAGGGGGGCUUUAAGAGCAAGGAAUACAUUUCCGAUGAUGACUCAAGUGACUCUGAUACCAAAGGAUCCAAAAAGAAGGUGGCAAAGGUGCAGGACAAGAAUGAUAAAUCAUCGAAGAGCUCCAAGAAGAGCAGUAAAGAUGAUGACGACGACGACGAGGAAGAGGAAGAAGAUGAUGACGAAGAAGAAGAAUCAACUGGCGAGGAUAGCGAUUAAGUGUUUCAGUAUUAAGUUUUGGUGCAUUGUCCGUGCAGACACUUUUCGUUAAUAAAACCAAUGGAUUUUGUCAUAA